AUGAAGAAGUACAUUGAGUGCUUUCUAAAAAGGAUCAUCAGAGCAAGAACUUUUGCCUCUGUGGAAUUAGCAUACCUCCCCCGUGAGCCUUGGGAUUCAGAAUUUUUUUCAUCUGGAGUUUCAUGCGGCAGCAUUGGCUCGGGGCGGGCGGGCCUCCGGCGCCGCGCGGUUCCCUCGGGUCUCGGAAGUCGGUGCUGGAGACGCGGGCGGCGGCGGCGGCAGCGGCGAGCGACCCGCGCGGAGAAAAAUCCUGCAGAAAUGUCUCUCUAUCCAUCUCUUGAAGAUUUGAAGGUAGACAAAGUAAUACAGGCUCAGACUGCCUUUUCUGCAAACCCUGCCAACCCAGCAGUUCUGUUGGAAGCUUCUGCCCCCAUCUCCCAAGAUGGAAAUCUCUAUCCCAAGCUGUAUCCAGAGCUUUCUCAGUACAUGGGCUUAAGUUUAAAUGAAGAAGAAGUGUGUGCCAUGGUCCCUGGAGCGCCAGUGCAGGGGUUGGUAGCAAGACCUUCCAGCAUGAACUAUAUGGUGGCUCCUGUAACAGGGAACGAUGUUGGAAUUCGUAGAGCAGAAAUAAAACAAGGGAUUCGUGAAGUCAUUUUGUGUAAGGAUCAAGAUGGAAAAAUUGGGCUCAGGCUUAAAUCGGUAGACAAUGGUAUAUUUGUUCAGCUCGUUCAGGCAAAUUCUCCAGCCUCUCUGGUUGGUCUGAGAUUUGGGGAUCAAGUCCUCCAGAUCAAUGGUGAGAACUGUGCGGGCUGGAGUUCGGACAAAGCACACAAAGUGCUCAAACAGGCUUUCGGAGAGAAGAUUACCAUGACCAUUCGCGACAGGCCCUUUGAACGGACAAUUACCAUGCACAAGGAUAGUACUGGACAUGUCGGUUUUAUUUUCAAAAAUGGAAAAAUAACAUCCAUAGUG